AUCUAUAGAAAAAAUAUAACAGGCAUCACACCUUGGAUAUAAACUGAUUCCGAAUGGGCAGACAGUUCCGAAGAAGAGACUAUAACGAGCAGUGAGGAAGAAAAUAUUUCGGAGGAUACAGAUUCUGAAAAUGUGGAAGAGACCGUUGAAAACUUUUUCGAAUGAAACACAAUACAUCUUAGCAACAAAUGUGAAUGAUGUUUCUGACAAUAAAAAUCCUGUAGGCGAAUUCGUUUCGAAAGGAGUCAAUACUAAACAUAUGAAUAAUUUAGUUGGACAUAAUAGAAAUGUAAAGAGUUGUGGUGUUUCAUUUCUUGUCGAAUUAGAAAGGGGAAAAGCAGGAAUACAUCAUUUGAAUAUCACAAGAACCAUUUCUAAUUCAAAAGAUAAUUAUAAACGACACAUAUUACAGCAGCAUAUGGAGUCGGAGUUCCUCAGUGCAGAUGACAGAGUGUCUUUUCAACGUCCACGUGAUGAAAACACAGACCCUGAUUUAAGUAUGGACAGAGGCUAUCGACAUACUAAAGGCCACUUUUAUAAAAACAAAAGAAAAUAGCUAGGGUAAGAGGAAUGUUUUCUUCAACAAAUACAGUUACGUUCACAAAGUGGUUACCUGCUAAUUUUCCUGUGGAAGGUGUUAUGUUUGGUUGUGGAAGACACCUAAAAACGCCAAAAUCGCUGUUAGUUCACUUACAAAGGAAAAGCUCUGCCGACCGAAAAAAUGUUAAGUGUUCAAAAAGGAAAUAUAAUCAAGAUAAUAUUCAUGGUUUUGAUUCAUGGUUUUGGAGACGUUACAUAGUUCCAUGCAUAUCUUAUUCUCAAUACAUUAAUGACGACUGAACAUAAACAGAAUAUCAAAGUGCAUUACAUUAACAAUUCUUUAACGAGAUUUAUACCACAGUGGAUAUAAUUCAUGUUUGACAAUAUUUUAUAGACGCUUGUUCAAUUCAA